AUGUUUGAAGCCACUAUUGCCCUCCUCUUGCUAGUUCCCUGCAUUGCAGGACACGGAGUGCUUCAGAAGCCAGCUCCUCGCAAGUCCGGUGACGCUACUCUGGCACUCUGCGGCAAAGCGGUUACGGACAAACUCGACUCUGAUCCCAACGGUCCCAUCGAGAACUCGGUCAAGGUUGCAGACGCAGAUUACAAGUGCAACCUGUACCAGUGCCGCGGCUACCAAUAUGAGGACAAUGUCGACAAAGUCCAAGUCUACUCAGGCGGCGAUGUAAAUGUCUCCAUCAUUGACCUGGAGAAGAACACUGCCAUCGGUAGCCCCGUGAAAGCAUGGGAUGUGUGGCCAGACGAUGUCCCCGGCGGCGGAGACGAUGUUGACUUCAACAUCACAAUCCCGGACGGCCUUGGGUCCGCAUGCAACGUUGGCGGAAAAUGUGCACUGCAAUGGUACUGGUGGUCGAACAGUAACUCUCAGACCUAUGAGAGCUGUGUCGAUUUCUAUGUGAAGGAGGUGAUACCCUCGAUCGUUCUUGGAGAUGGUGCCCCGGGCACUCUUUCCGGUCCACCGCCACCUCUUUCACAGAAGGAUGCUCGUUCUAGGGCUUUGGAGCGAUUCUCGGUCGCCGACAAUGCCAUUGUAACCGGGGGCACAGGCGACCUUGGCUUCACCGCGUGCCGCGCUCUGCUCGAGCACGGCGCCAAAGGACUGGUGAUAUUUGACCUCGACGAGGCGGAAGGCGCCGCCAAGGUAAACUUGCUCAGGGAGAGCUUCCCCGACGCCAAGGUCGAGUUCAUGAGGGUAGAUGUCACGGAAGCAGACACGGUGAAACGGGCAGUGCAGGAGACGGCCAAGAUCCUCGGGGGCGUGGAUGUGCUCGUCUGUUUCGCGGGCGUUGUUUCCACCGUUCACGCGGUCGAUAUGACCCCCGAGCAAUUCCGACUCAUUGUGGACAUCAACCUGACGGGAUCUUUCCUUUGCGCUCAGGCGGCAGCCCGGGUGAUGAUCGAGCAGAAGCGACGAGGGAGUAUCAUAAUGACUGCCUCGAUCUCAGGUCAUAGGCCGAACUAUCCCCAACCUCAAGUCAGUUACAACGUCUCCAAGGCCGGGGUCUUGGCUUUGAAGGAUUCGUUGGCUGCGGAAUGGGGGGUUUAUGGGAUCCGGGUUAAUACGAUCUCGCCGGGAUAUAUGAACACAAUCCUUAAUGAGGGUUCGAUGCUGGACUGGCACAAGACUCAGUGGUUUCACAAGCACCCCAUGAAACGCAUGGGUGAGCCUGAAGAGCUCAUGGGAGCUGUGGUCAUGCUCGCCAGCAGGUCUAGCACUUACAUCACUGGAGAGGAUAUUAGGAUUGAUGGGGGCCACCUGAUCAUGAUGUAG